CCGCCCCGUCCCGUCCCAUCCCUCGGGUCCGCGUCCCCCGGGUUCCCGUCCCUCCGCGCGGCCGGUUCCUUUCCGUUCCCCCGCGGCCGGCAGGUCCCCGCGACCCCCCUCGCGGUCGGUUCCCUCCGGUCUAGCAGGUCCCCGUCUCUAGGUGCCGCCGGCUCGAGACUGCCGGUCACAGCGUUGCCCCUCGGGUCUCUUCCAGCCCCGCACCCGUCGGCAACAUGUGGCUGCUGGAGCGGCUGCGCGGCGUGGCGGAGAAUGGCGGGUCCCGGGGCGCGGGGCCGGAGGAGUCCGCGCGGGGGUCCCGUUACAGCAACGUCCUCACCCCCGACAAGAUCCCCGACUUCUUCAUCCCGCCCAAACUGAGCGCGGCCCCCGCUGAGGCUGAGGGCCCCGAGGCCCCCUCAGCUCCCACCCUGGGUCCCUCAGCCUCGGAGCAGGACCUGGCCGGGCGCAAAACCCCACGCAGCCCCCGGGCCUCCAGCCGGUCCCGGUCUCGGGCCGCCGGCCGGCACAUCAUCCAAAUCGAGAGCGCCGAGGAUUGGACGGACGGGAGGGGCUUCGGUACCAACGUGGACCCUCAGGCUCAGACCGCCAUGUCACUGCCCUACGUCCCCAAAGCGCAGACGUCCUACGGCUUCGCCACGCUGGUGGAGAGCCCGCACACGCGGCGCAAAGAAUCGCUCUUCCACAGCGAGCACAGCAGCCUCUGCCCCUCGCCAGCCACCUCGCCCAGCGCCCAGCGCAGAGCCAAGCUCAACGGGGAGAGCAGGCCCCGGACCCCCGCAGAUUUGGGUGCAGCCCUCAUGCACCCCGUCCGGUACUUCAGCGGCGGCGAGAGCGACACGUGCUCCUCGGCCGAGUCCUCGCCCUUUGGCUCCCCGCUGCUCUCCCGCUCCGUCUCCCUGUUGAAGAUCUUCAGCCAAGAGAGCCAGUCCAAGGUCAUCAAGCUGAAGCACUCGGUCGCCCGCAACAGCUCGCUGUCCACCGACGACAGCUCGGCCGACACCAGCCCCAGCGCCCAGCGCCGCUCCCGGAGCGCCCCGGCCGGGGGGCAGCCCCCCUCCGCCCUGCUGCCCCUGGACCUGCCGCCGGGCCGGGACCGGGAGCAGAACCUGCGGCUCAGCCGUGGGGGCAGCCUGCGCCUGGCUGCUGAGUACGACCCUUCCAACGCCCGGCUGCGUGUGCGGCUCAUCUCUGCAGAGGAUCUCUACGAUGCCCUCGUCGACCUGCGCAGCAUCAACUGCUGCGUCUCGCUGUGCCUCAACCCCGGGAAGCUGCAGAAGCAACGCAGCACCAUCGUCAAGAACAGCCGCAACCCAGUCUUCAAUGAGGACUUCUUCUUCGACGGGCUGGGCCCCAGCCACGCUAGGAAGAUGUCUCUCAAGCUCAAGGUGGUCAACAAGGGCAGCAGCCUGAAGCGGGACACGCUGCUGGGGGAGAAGGAGCUGCCGCUCACGUCCCUCCUGUCCUGCCUUUAG